CCCAAUAAAUCGGCAAGAUGGUGUUCCUCGACUUGCUGACGUUGGGGUUAUGGUCAAAGCUCGGACGGUUGACCCAUUAUGCCUUCGACGCUGUUCUGUUCUCCGCAUUUCUGGCGGGAAUGAAACGCUCGACCGGCUUGACUUUCAAGACAGACAAGGUCUCCGGGGACAACAAGGAGAUGACGAAAUGGGUCGACAAGUACCUCGGCGUCGGCGAGUGGGUGAUGGACCAGUCCGUCGCCAUUGCCGGCUCCAGCGGUUGGUUCGAGCGGACUCGGUAGAACCGGAAUCGUAAAUGACAGAGCAAGCGCUGGGAAGGCGGAAUUGAUAUCGCCCCGGGGUGGGAUAAGAGCUUUUCAUGCUCAGAUGCGGUGGACCGGACAAUCGUGUUCGGGCCGGGCCGGCAAUCCGCCGGAUCCCGGGGUUCCUCAAUCGGGUGGUCUCAUGGGUGGCGUUUUUUGGGGUUUGACCUUGAUGCUUUGUGCGUUUAGCCUUUAAAACCAAUUGUAUAGGUUUCGUGCAGCAUGCAUCUCGGGGCAUUUUAUCGCGCAUUUCCACUCCUU